AUGGAUGGGCCACGUUCCAAACUUAAUGGCCUCCACUACAUCACCAGCACCAAUUAUCACCAUGACACCGGCAGUUCCAUCUGCUUCAUUGAUAUAGUCUGCGUCAGCUCCAUCAGCACUUCAGUGUCACCUUCUCACCUGUCUGCCUUCUGUCUGCCUCAGCUGCUUCUGUCGGCACCAUCAGAUACAUCAGUGUUGGUACCAUUGGGCCCUUCUCACCCUGGCAGGCUACAGAAUAACGUCCACGUUUUGCUCCAGAUCAUCCCAUCCUCCCAGGGGGAAGGAAAUGGCUUCAAUGGAGCUGGCUCAGUAGGGUUUCCAGUUUCCAAACCUGAUGUGAUCUCACAGCUGGAACAAGGGGAAGAGCCGUGGGUCCCAGACCUCCAGGGCUCUGAGAAAGAAGUGCUUCCAAGAGCUUCCUUCCCAGGUAGUGACCUAUGUCUGGAUUCUCCCUGUCUCCCUUCAGGUGAUGGGAUAGUGAGUCAGAAUGAGGAGGAGAAGCCCCAUCAGGAAGAUGCUGAGCAAGGAGAACCACAUGGAUCUUUAUCAGGAAGAUCCAAAGGGAAUGUUUCCUGGAGUUGUGCACUCUCAGAAAAAACAAAAGCCUGUGAGACUCAGGGGAGGCCAGAGGGAAACUUUAGUAGCCUCUCAGACUUUAUAACAAGCGACAGAAUCAACUUGGAAGAGACACGCUACACAUGCCAUGAGUGUAGGAAAAGCUUCAAUCGGAGCUCACACCUUAUCAGACAUCAGACAAUCCACACAGGGGAGAAGCCCUGCACAUGCUCUGAGGGUGGGAAAAGCUUCAAUCAGCGCUCAAGCCUCAUUAGACAUCAGAAAAUCCACAUGAGAGAUAAUUGUAAUAAAUCCCUUGACUAGGGUUGGCCAAA